GCGGGAGGAGACACAUGCGCGCUGCCGCCGCCGCCGCCGCCGCCGCCGCCGCGGUCCCUGGCUUCCCGGGGACAGGAAACCUUCAAGACAGAGCCGCCCGUGCAGCCGCCCCGCCAGCGCCCCGCGCGUCCCCGCGUCUCGGUUUCCCGCAGUCCAGCGUCUCUUGGCCGGGCACUGCCGGGCCGCAGACGGAGCUGCCAUCUCCCCCUCCCCGGACAGAGCAGUGACCCUCCCCGCAGCAGCGGCGGGGCGGGGUGGGGGGCCCUGGAGAAGAUGGCGACGCCGGGAAGCGAACCCCAACCUUUCGUCCCUGCCCUGCCGGGGUCCACUCUGCACCCACCUCAUCAUCCCCAUCUACACCACCACCACCACCACCACCACCACCACCACCAUCAGCACCACGGGGGCGCGGGAGUCAGCGGCGGGACCGGGGGAGGCAGCGGCGGGGGCUUCAACCUGCCCUUGAACCGGGGUCUGGAGCGCGCGCUGGAGGAGGCGGCCAACUCCGGGGGUUUGAACCUCAGCGCCAGGAAACUGAAGGAAUUUCCCCGGACCGCGGCGCCAGGGCACGACCUCUCUGACACGGUGCGAGCAGACUUAUCUAAAAACAGACUGGCUGAAGUUCCAAUGGAAUUGUGCCAUUUUGUAUCACUGGAAAUUCUUAAUCUGUAUCACAAUUGUAUCAGAGUCGUUCCUGAAGCCAUCGUUAAUCUGCAGAUGCUGACUUACCUGAACUUGAGUCGGAAUCAGCUGUCGGCCCUGCCUGCCUACCUGUGUGGUCUGCCUCUCAAAGUCUUAAUCGCCAGUAACAACAAACUCGGAUCGCUGCCUGAGGAGAUAGGUCAGCUCAAACAGUUAAUGGAAUUGGAUGUCAGCUGUAACGAGAUCACAGCUUUGCCCCUUCAGAUAGGCCAAUUGAAGUCACUACGGGAACUCAGCGUCAGAAGAAACUACCUGAGAGUUUUACCACAAGAACUAGUAGAUCUUCCCUUGGUAAAGUUUGACUUUUCCUGCAAUAAAGUGCUGGUGAUUCCGAUUUGUUUUAGAGAGAUGAAGCAGCUGCAAGUAUUACUGCUUGAGAAUAACCCUCUGCAGUCUCCUCCAGCCCAGGUUUGCACAAAGGGCAAAGUGCACAUAUUCAAGUAUCUGAGCAUUCAAGCCUGCCAAAUUAAGACAGCAGAUUCCCUUUACCUGCACACAAUGGAGAGGCCCCAACUACCCCAGCACGUGGAAGACAGCAAGAAGGAUUCUGAUUCUGGUGUUGGAAGUGAUAAUGGAGAUAAGCGAUUAUCGGCCACAGAGCCUUCUGAUGAAGACACUGUUAGCCUCAAUGUGCCAAUGUCAAAUAUCAUGGAAGAAGAGCAGGUCAUCAAGGAGGACUCCUGCCACCGCCUUAGCCCCGUUAAAGGGGAGUUUCAUCAGGAGUUUCAUCUGGAGCCUUCCCUUUUGGGUGACAGUGACAACUCAGGAGAAGAGAGAGACCAGUAUACUGAUGGAGCACAGGUUCUCCAUUCAGAAUUUAUGAGCUAUAUUAAGGGUAGGACGGAAGACUGUGAAGAGCUGUUACGGAUAGAAGAGGACACGCAGUGGCCAACAGAGGGGUUGAUAAAUUCAUCCAAAAACCAGGACAUGGAUAUAGCAAUGAUUGAGCAGCUGAGAGAAGCAGUAGAUUUGCUGCAAGAUCCUGACAGAUUAAGCACAGAUAUUACCAAGAGAAGUGUCGUAAACCUUUAUCCCGUGGAAUCAGCAGAAGCCUUAGAAUUACAAGAUUCUGCACUAAAUGGUCAGAUACAGUUGGAGACAUCUCCAGUGUGUGAGGUGCAAAAUGAUCUCACCUUGCAGAAUAACGGGAGUCAGUAUUCUCCAAAUGAGGUCAAAGAGGACUCCCCUGCAAUAUCUCCGACCACUAACAGCACAGCUCCUUUUGGCCUGAAGCCUCGAUCAGACCCAGCCCUCACUCUCCCUCCUGUCUCCUUCAACAAACUUACACAGGCACAAAUAUGGGACAACUCUAGCUACAGUGUUCCAUCUGAAGGGGACAGUGACAAUGUAUUUCUAAGACCUCAGAGAAACUUGGAAUCUAUAGACCCACAGUUUACAAUUCGGAGGAAAAUGGAACAGAUGAGAGAAGAAAAAGAGCUGGUGGAGCAACUCCGUGAGGGCAUUGAGAUGAGACUCAAGGUCAGUCUGCACGAGGACCUGGGGGCAGCCCUCCUGGAUGGGGUCGUCCUCUGCCAUCUGGUCAACCACAUCCGCCCACGCUCGGUAGCGAGUAUCCAUGUGCCGUCACCAGCAGUUCCCAAACUCAGCAUGGCCAAAUGCAGAAGAAAUGUGGAAAACUUUUUGGAAGCAUGCCGAAAAUUAGGAGUUCCCGAGGCUGAUCUCUGCUCUCCGUGUGACAUCCUGCAGUUGGAUUUUCGUCACAUUCGAAAGACUGUUGACACUCUGCUGGCACUCGGAGAGAAACCCCCACAACCAACUUCUGCCCUCCGCUCCAGGGACCUUCUAGGCUUCUGUCUUGUCUACAUUCUCUUUCUAGUGCUGAUUUAUCUCACUUACCGCUGGAACGUUCUGUCCGUAUAACAUCUGCAUGUGCCUCCUUACGCUCUGCUUUGUCAUCCUGCUUCAUUGCAGGGUCCUUCCUCCGUUUGAGCCUUUGCCUUGCAAACUCCCGUCCCUGUCAUCCCCUCAGUAAUCCCUCGAAUUGGAAGCUGAACGUUUUACAAAUCAGAUUUUCCAGAAACACAAACAUUAUAGAACACAGUUUCCGUGAAAUAGUUUCUCUUGCUUGCUGCAAAACAAGAGUAAGAGCCGAGUGGGCCCAUACCUCCAGUGAGCUCAGCAGCAGGGCUGUCAUUCCUGCCUUCCCUCUCUGCAUGGAGGGGGUUCCGGAACAGGCCAGAGGGGAUUUAGCGAAUGGAAGUCUUUCCUUUAGGUCCGUAUAUACCUCAAAUCCUAAGUCAGGACUGGGACCCUGUGCCAUGGAAGGGCCGCCUUGCAGAGGAGACAGAAAAGCAGCAUCCUGGCCCAACUUGGUCUAUAAAAAUUUUUAAUAAUACCACCAUUGACCAAGUUGAAAGUUGCCAUCUGGAGAAUGAUCGCUUUUCUGGGAAUUCAGUUGGAUUCCUGCCACUGAGCUUUGCAGGGGCACCCGGGUGGGUGGCUGCCAGCUUCCACCCGGAACAAGCCAUUCUGCCCUGCUGCUUGAGCACAGCUGUGCGGCUUUGGAGAUGCAGCCAUUGCAAUUAGAGCACCACCUGGAGGAUUUGCUUGCACACAAAAUUCCGUAUAUUUUUACUUCUUUACUACUUGUUAGUCCAAGUCUAGAAAAGCAUUUUCUGGAAAAGAUUUCUAUUUUUAAAUAAUUUAAUGGUUAGAUGGCUUUUUGGCUCCAUCAUGUAAUGAGUGCAGGUUGAGAAUGUGAUUCACUUGACUGCAUUCGUUUUCAAAUAAAGCCACAAGUCACAAAACAUUCUCGGUCCCAGGGCUUGGGUUACUAUGACAAAGUCAAUAAUAAGAUUGCUCUUAUUUUAGAAGGGUGCAGUUUCUCCAACUGCUUGAAAUUUCUAUUUAACCUUUGCUUUCUAAUGGCAUUAACUAGCAAACCACUUUUAUUUUUAAGUAAGCUCAGAGGCUUAUAUUUCAAGUAUAUCUGCUUUGAGAACCACAUGACCAGACUGUAAGUAACAGGAAAACACUAGAAUCUUACCUAGGCCAAGAUGUUCCUGGAUUCCAAGAUGUCUUUUUAUAAUAUGAGAAGGCCAUGCUCCAAGGUGAAGACACUCUCCCCUGUUUAAAUCAGCUUAAAUCCUGGGUACCAACUAUUUCUUCAAUUGGCGAGAUGAUGGAGUUAACUUCCUCAAGAUAAAUUUCUAGUUUGCUGAGAUGCAAACAGUCCUCAUACAUGGCUACUAAGGAGAUAAUUUCCUUUUUCUGAACAUUUCCGUGUGUCCAGGGUACUUGAGAACAUGGAAAACCCCACAUAGUUAGAAGACUAUAUUUAUAAAGAUUCCUCAUUGCUAAAUCAGACCCACUUUUCCCACGGGAAACAUUCUUUACAUGACCAUAUCUUGAGUUAACUGAGCUUGUUCCCCCCGGCUCUGUGUUGAUGGGUGAAAUACAGGGUAUCUGGAACUUACCUAACCUUGUUUGUAUAUAAGUGACCCACGGAUGUAUUGAAUUGCCCUUGGUGCUAUCUUGUACUCUCGAAUCUGUAACACAGUAAAAUCCUUCUGUACACUGUCUAACAAGCACUCUGAGCUGGAAGUUGCUUAAUAAACAUAUUUUGGGUGAUUAUUCCAAGUUUUUGUUGGUCCAUCACUAGAUUUAUCCAUGUGGACCCAAGAGUAGCUCUACACAUUUCCAGCUGGUUGACAUGUCCAGUACUGCAGUGCUUUAAUGAGCACCAGAGGAUUUAUUUUUAUCUGGGGGGAAAGCAAAUGCUUAGUGGGUGGCAUCUGAAAGACAGUACUUUCAAUAAAAACUGAGUAGAACAAUCAUGUAUGAUGAGAUUUAAUUUUUCAGUGUUGACAUAGUUCUUUAGCUACGUUCAUCUUUUAAUUCUGGAAUCUGGAGUCCUAUUUGGAUGCAUUUUCAUCUUUCCCAUCAUUAAUUUAUCCCUGUACCCCAGUGGGAUGUUCCUCUUGGGAUUUGAUGGAUGAUGCUGUUUCAUCGAGUAGUGUAGUAACUAGCAGAACACAAAUAAUCGGGACCUUUAGGCAAAACUUGGAAUUAACUGUCCUGCCCAUUGUCAGACUGUCAAUUUCCAUGCAGAAUUCUAAGCCUUUUCAUGAAAACACCAAGUCACUGUGACGUGAUACCUGUCAUCAUGGCUUGACCGGGGAUACCUGGCUGCCUACCGUAGGCUGAGAAGAGUUCAGGGACUUAGUUUUGUGAUCUAUAUGUGGGUACUAAAUCUCCUCACAAGAGAGGUCAUUUUUCAAUAUUGUCUUCCAAUGCCUGAUAAAAAUGACCAAGUGUUUAUUUGCAUUUUCUUUUUAAAAUAAUCACUUGAGUUCAACUCUUCACUCAGUGUUACAGUUUCCAGAAUUUGUGACAACAACUAACUGAUUCCCUUCUAUUUGUGGAAUGGUUCAUGUGCAAAUCACUUUCCUUGAGGAGGGGAUGUGAACUAUUAAACACUUAAGAAAUGGGGUGGGGUACAAAAGGGCCCCACAAGACUUAAAAAAGCAAGGAGAUUAAAUAGGAAUUUCAGGCCAAGAAGCCUCUUCCUGUGUCAUGGCCACAGAUCAAAUAUGCUCGCCCAUUGAGUAAGGAAUUUGGGGGAAGCAGUGUGAUAUCUUGGAAAGCACCUAGGCGCUAAGAUGAGACACACAUGUGGUUUUGAAUCCUGAUCCCAUUACGGAGAAGCUGUGUGACCUUAGCAAAGUUACAUAAACUGUCUGUCUCAGUUUUCUUAUCUGUAAAAUGGAGAUAUUAAUCUCUCCCUUGCAGGGUUUUCAUGAGAAAUAACCAAUGCAAAUCCAUAGCAUUGGUGCAAGGCAUACAGUAGGUGCUCAGCAAGUCUUCAAAGUUGGUGUUGAGUCGUUUAUUGCCGGCCUGCCUUGUCCAAGUAUAUGUUCUGGCUCAGAAGAGGGUAGCUGAGGAGAUGGGUGUGAACACAGUUGAUUCCACCACUGGAGAAGCAACACAAAGCAUGGGUUCUUCAGGGAGAUUAUUUGUGUUCUUGGAAGAGACCACUUUGACUCAGCACUGUUCUUCAAAAGGAAACGCAACAGAUGAUGCUCGCACGUAUUCUAGAACAGUCUGCCAUUAUAUUCUCAGUGAAAACCACUAGGAUCCUAUAACAAUGCAGUGUGAAUUCAUUGAAUUUAAAGUCAGUGUAAAUGUACAGCUGUCUCUGCUCUAAGUCCACUACGUGUAAGUGGCCUCAUGAAAUGGCUACCUCAUCCGGCUGGUCCUGAGAAGGCUCUUCUCCUUUCUCUCAUUCUUUGUCCAAGCCGUAAAUCUUCAGCAAGUCCUUUCCCAUCCCAACCUCUAAGCUCACUUCAGGGGCGCCCUUCCCUCAGGGAUAUGUAGGUGGACAGAAAAUGACCACUGCCCUUCCCAUUUCUGACAGACUCCUCGUCACCCUUUCAACCAGUGCCACCCUCUCUCCAGUCAUAAUUCCCAUCAGCAUCCUUAUCCCAGGCCUGUGAUAAAAUAACCGCAACUACCGUGGUUUUAUGGGGUUUCCAUUGUCUUGUGCUAGUGCACGUAGAUACCUUCAAACCCAUCAAAGCAGUGAGGGCUCUUCUAACCUUCCUCAGGGGGACUGGAUGAAAAAGGACACAGCGGUCCCUGUUUGCCUUCUAUUUACUCCUCGUUAUCAGCUGUAGUGGACUUGGACUUGGCACCUGAAUUAGUAGGGAAGAGAUCAGAAAGGUGAAGAAUGUUUGUUGGAAAAAAAUAGGGGCCUGAGAGAGAGGGUGGCCUUGAGCUCAGUGAGUCUGUGAAAUGUCCAGAUGUCAGCAGGAGGCUGAGGCCUCAGUGACUUCCCAUCCCUGUCACUCUGGAGCUUCCCCUGUCCCCCAGGGCUCCCCUCCCGGGACUUCUAGCUGGAACCUCCACUGGGCAGAGCACUGGAGCCGCCCCCCGUAGUCCUGGGGUGGUCCCUAAAUGGAGAAAACGUAUCGCCUCUCAAGCCGGGCUCCGAAGAGGACACCUUGCCCCCUAAAAGUCGUGUUGCACCCAGAGGAUCAGC